AUGAAGCAAAAACCAGAUAAAGAUCCAAUAGCACACUUAACAGCCGGCGCGAUAUCUGGCCUCUCUUCGUGCGUUCUGUUACAACCAUUUGACUUGUUGAAAACGCGUCUUCAGCAAGAACGACAGUUUCGUAACCAACUGCAGAAUUUGUCGAGUGCCAAACUUUCUCCUAUGAACAGUGUCUUAGUGUCAACAGUGAAAAAUAUCAUUGCCAAAGAUUCGAUAACGGGGUUAUGGCGUGGUACGGUCCCUACUAUAUUCCGGAAUGUUCCCGGAUCAGCCCUAUAUUUUCUUACAUUGUCUGAAAUUCGUCAACUGUUUAAACAAUAUUCACGACUCCAUACAACAGCACUGUCUGGUUCCGGAUCAUCUUUACCAGUUAUUUCAAGUCGCGAUAACUUGAUUGCUGGUAUGACAGCAAGAGGUAUCGCGGGAUUAAUAGUAAUGCCGGCUACGGUCAUUAAAGUUAGGUAUGAGAGUUCAUUCUAUAGCUACAAAAGUGUAUGGAGCGCAGCAACUUCAAUACUGAAAACAGAAGGAUUCAAGGGAUUUUUUUAUGGCUAUGGUGCGACUGUGUUGAGAGAUGCUCCACAAGCAGGGUUAUAUGUUUUGUUUUAUGAGCGUGCGAAAUUGUGGAUUGGAGCCAAUUCAUAUGCAAUUGCGUCGCCUAUAAUUCAUUCGUCUUCAGCCUUGUUUGCAGGAAUAUCAGCAACGAUCUUAACACAACCAUUUGAUAUGGUAAAAACUCGAAUGCAGCUGAAACCACUUGAUUAUCGAAACAUGUUACAAGCUGCACGUAAAGUGUUUCUGAUACCAUCCGAUUAUUUCCAGGAGGAAGGAUUUCUUGGAUUUUUCGAUGGUAUAACAAUGCGUCUAGCACGCAAGCCAGUGCAGUCAGCUGUGGCGUGGACAAUUUAUGAAGAGAUUGUUACGCAGUUUCACAAAUAUCGAAAUACGAUGGCUCAGAAUUGA